AGUAGUGGUGGUGCGUCCUCACCUGGCCAACUUACCGGAACUUCCACCACUGAUAAAAUCUCCUUUUGGGGUAUAUGUGUAGUGUAGACUAUAUUUGCAGCACUUUUUCCUCUGUUUUCACUUUUUUUUGCUAUCCUCACUGUCAGUGCAGCGCGUUUAGAGUACCCCUCAUUAAGCGAGUUCGUGCGAGCAGUGACCGGAUGCUACCUCACUCAGGAGACACCCGGAUUUUGCUGCAUCCGCAAUGAUCUGAGUGUUACUCCGGAAAGUCGUGCAGCGUGUCCGUGGUGCAUUUUUUCCACCCAAACCUUCAGUUUUUUUACUGUCUCAGAGACUGCGCGUGGGUCAGCAUGGAGUGGCUAAGAUUCAGCACCGUGGACAGCGCCGGAGUUUUCCUCUGUCUCCUUUGCACGCUGUCGGGGGUCUCAGUUGUGGCAGAACAGGAAGUGGAGAAUCUGUCUGGUCUCUCUACAAACCCAGACAAAGACAUUUUCGUGGUGCGUGAAAAUGGGACGACUUGUUUGAUGGCAGAGUUUGCGGUGAAAUUCGUGAUCCCCUAUGACGUGCUCGCGCUUAACGGAAUAGACUUGAUCACGGAGCAGGCGGCUGUCUCUCUCCCUCGUGGUGCGCAGAUCGCAGGCACGUGUGGAAGCAGCGAGGCAGAGCUGCAUGUCUCCUGGAGCAAUAACGCCUACACGUUCCGCCUGUACUUCAUCAAGGAGAAACACACCGUGAGAAAAGAUGGGAAAACGAAAGAGAGUGAAGUGUGGAAGAUAAGCAAGGUUCAGCUGGUUUAUGACACCUCUGAGACAACGCACUUCAUCAACGCAUACAACCCGGGGAAACACACUGCCAGCUCGCAUCAUCUCUCAGCCUUGGUGACACCAGCUGGCCACUCGUACGUGUGCGCAGCUCAGCAGACCCUCACCCUCAUCUCCAGUGACCAUCAGAAAGGCAUCACGGUUUCCAUGUCUGACAUCCAGAUCCAACCCUUUGACAUCAAAAGCGACUUUGUGUUCAGUGAACCGUAUAAGUGCAUCACAGACCAGCGUGAGCGGCUGGAGGAGACUCUGCCCCUGGUGCUGGGGCUCAUCCUGGGCCUCAUCAUCGUCAUCACCAUCACUAUCUACCACUUCCAUCUCAAACUGACGGCUCAUCAACCCCAGCUGCCCCGCGACCGCUCCCUCUAUAAGCACAUGUAGAGACUGUCUAUGCACCGUGACCAAGGCCUGCCAUUGGGGGAACACUCCGAUAUCUGCAAACAUUUUGCUUGAUGCUUCUGGGAAAACUUGAUGAGUUUUUCCGCCAUUAAUGUCCGCUGCCUAAUAGUCUGAUCCCUCGUGUUUGAUUAUUUUUUCUUAAAUCGAUCAUUUUGCUGAUAAAGGCGUUGAUAAUAAUGCCAUCUAAAUAAGAUAUAUUUGACACAUUGUUCAAAUAUUUCAUGUUGUGUCAUUGCCAUGUUGUAUAGCUCAGUGUGUAAAGUGUGCUAAACUGAAGGGGUUUCUGUUAAAGUGACAGCAAAUACACGAGGAAGGUAUUUUGAGAUUAGAUAGAUUAUAUGACAUGAAUUACGGUAUAAAGAGUUAAAUCAUGCGAAAUUUGUGUGCAAAAUUCUAUUCAAGAAUAAACUAUUUUGUGUGUGUCCAA